AUGCUGCGCACACCGCGUCGCUCCACGGACGCGCACGCGCACGCGACGGCUUCGCCAGCGACGGCGCCCCCUCCUGGCCUUGUCGUCUCCAAGCUCGGCGUCCAGGCCACUGCUUCAGCCGGGACAGCUCGCGGCCUCCUGUGUCUAAAAAUUACGUUGCCGAAAGGGGAUGGCACCGAACAACGUUGGCCAUUGUUUAGUGGCUCUGCGCCCAAGCUACGCUCUAUCCCGGCCCUCUACCCACUUCCAGCAAGCGCUCUACGCGGUGCCAACCUCGCGACCGCCGCAGUGCUCCUCUCACUCCCUGCGGCAGGGUCUUACCCGCCGCCGCCAGCUGAUCCGGCCGCCCAGCGCCCGUUUAUCGAUGUUUCCGCGACGACAGGGCAAGUGUACAUUGUUAUCGAGCCCAGUCCGGCGCGUAGGGGACGGAGGGAGAGUAUCGGUGCUCCCGGCACACCUGGUACGCCAACAGCUGCUGCCGCGAGGGAGCGGACGGAGUGGCUCGUCAACAUCGAGUUUGAGGUCGAGGUGGAGGCGUCGGUGGGGCCUGAUGAGCUGUUCAAGGCUGUCGUCCCCGUUCCCAGGUGUCUCGACAAUGUCGUGCGGUUCCACAUUUUACCAGAAGACGAGGAAAACAGCGACGUGUCUAUUGCCACCGAACCCAAAGUUCUCCCCUUACCGUCUUCCCACUUUGCUGGCAAUCGCCGCGACCCUGGUCCAUCAUCACCUUCUCGUCGCCUCCGCCUCGAGGAUGAUUGGGAGGACGGCGAAGUUCCCGGCGCCGAAGGGUCGUCAUCGGAUGAAGACGACGACGGAAGCUGGCUUGAGGGAAGGUUCCAAAGCACGGAUACACUUACACUCGAGUGGGGCUUUGUCCCAUCUGUUGGCGCGCCACCAGACCUUCGCCUUACGCCGAGAUGGGACAAUGUCCGUCCCAGCAUUGGCGUCACCUUUGAUGCUACGCUGCAGAAGCGUCCCGGCCCUCUGAGUCUGGAGGCUUUGCUACCUGACGGCUGGGGAUGGAGCGAGCUCGAGAUUCGUGGCGACGGCUUGAUAUCGUGGCGGUCGACGGACGAGAGUCUCAUGUCUCGCCGAGCUCCUACCGAGGACGACUCUGUCGCGACAACUGUCGCCGCAGACGUCUUUGGCUCGCCUCGUCGCAUCAACGGCCUCGCCACUCUUGACUCUGCGGACGACUUUUCAUUCGAGCUGUCGUCGUUUGCCGACGGCGGUGCCAGAGCAAAGCCCUCACACCCCAACACGCCAUCCCGACGUCGAUCUCUCACCGCUGAGCGUGCAACAGCUGCCUUGCACAAGGUCUCCCCACGAGUGCCUGUCCCUGCAGCACUGUUUGAGCUCGAAUUUGAGCCCACCGACGACGACGAAGACGACGAUGAUGACGACGAGGAGAACCGCGUCCUCCUGUUGGAAGGAACACUGGUUCCCCUUCCUCUGACGCUGAUCGGCCCCGAUGCACCAGUCGCGAUCCCGUUUAUUCGUUUCGACGACUCGUCUCUCCCGACCCAGUCCGCCAUUGUCUGCCCAAAUGCGUCUUUCCAAGAAUCACCGUCUCCCGCGACUCCUGCCUCACCUACACUGUGCAGCACCUCUUCCAUCUUUGUUGGUACUUUCACCUGGGUCGACAAUGAAGGCAACCUAGUACCACCUCGUCCCACCGUUCCCGUGACAGGACCUAUCCGGCUUGCUGUGCAGCGCAACAUUUGGGGUGUUCAAACCAUCUCAACUGCUCCAGGCGACGUGCCGGGGAAAUCCUUGGCAAGGACGGUUCUGCCACGAGACGGCUCUGCCGAGGUCCGCGUCGCAGGUGGCCGCGGAGGCGUGGAACUGGUCCUUGAAGUGGCAGACGAGAAGGGUGUGGCCCUACCCGUCUUUCCUGGAAGCACAGGCGACUUGCAAGUGGAGCUGGCGGGAAGUGGCUGGGACAAACUUCUCGCCGAGACACCCGAGACUUCGCUCAAGCGCGUCUCCGACCGUGGUUUCACUGGCGACUUGAGCUCUCCCGCCAGUAUCACGUUUGCCCCGUCCAAGCCGCGCGAGACUGAGAAGCUCAGCCGCAAACUUGUGUCAUGGUCAACGAUCAUCAACCUCUUGCUCCUCUGGGUCCUUGUGUCGCUUGGACAGCAGGUGCAGCGUCUUCGCGCGGAAGUGGCGUUCAUCGUGGACGAGACCAACGACAUCCGCACUUAUGGUUACGUUCUGGACGACCUUAUCCGUGAACACAAGUCCCACUGGGAGGAGACCGAGGUGCCAGUCCCAGUCACCCCGCCACAACCACCUGUACAAAAGCCUAUACCGCCGCCGGUGCCGGUGCCAGUGCAGCCGCACGUCACCGACUCGCCACCAGUCCAUGACGUGCCGCCUCCUCGACGUGAGCCGCCGCCAGUGCGAAUCCCCACAGCCCCUGCGGUGCCACGUCCCAAUGCACCUGUCUCCAACUCGCUUCCUAAGGGCGAGGUUGUGCAGGUACACCCGCCAAACGGGUUGGGGCGCGUCGUCUUUGGCCAAGGCGGCUGGGCCGCGUGGGCCAACCAUCCAUCUGUCGACAUUGUCAUAUCUGUGGAGGACCGUCGUGUGGAUUCUUGUACCGCAGUAAUGAAAUCCGGGGUGCUGGAGCGGAUGGAGGUGUGGUGA